UCCUCCUCCUCUUCAUCCUCCUCCUCCUCCUCGACAAAGAAGAAGAAGAGUAAAGCCAAGAAGAAGAAGACGACCAAGAAGAAAAAGGCCAAGCUGAAGAAGCAGAGGAAGAAGGAGAAGAAGAAGAAGCUGAAGAAGAAGCUGAAGGAGAAGGAGAAGAAGAAGAAGGCGGAGGUGGUGCUCUCCAGUCCUCCAGCGGAGAAACCUCCACCUCCAUCCUACCUGGAGGUGUGGCAGAGUGAUGAGGGGGCAGUGGAGCUCGGACCUGUGAUGACAGACGAGCAGAAGGCCCGACUCUCCACUAAGAGGCCUCUCACCAAAGAGGAGUACGAGGCCAGACAGAGCGUGAUCCGCAGGGUGGUGGACCCCGAAACAGGACGCACCAGAUUGGUGAGAGGAGAAGGAGAGAUCAUAGAGGAGAUAGUCAGCCGAGAAAAACAUAAAGAUAUCAACAAGCAAGCCACCAAGGGAGACGGGAACGCCUUCCAGAAGAAACUGGGAAUCAACCGGUAGAAGAUGCCGUGAUCUGCCUCAAUAAGCUGAAUUUUAUCAUUUUCAAAUAACAGUUGCCUGUGAUUAAACUGUAUAGUGGUGAUGGUACACUAAUGAGUUUAAUCCAGGGUAAAUGACAGUAUUUCCUGUUGAUCGCCUUAUUAAAUCUAUGCUGCAAAGGAAAUAAGACAAGCAGAUGAGCUGGUGAGUCGAUGGAGAUCUGCCAUAGGAACUCUACGCUCGAAGUUUGCACACAAUGUAUUUUACAUUUUGUAGUUUACACUGAUUAAUGCUUAUUUAUUUUGUACAUUUAAGGAUCAGUGCUGAAUGAACUGAGUUUUUUUUUUCUGUUCACAAAUGAUGUGACAGUUCAAAUGUUUUCGUCUCUGUUCCACUUUAUAUCAGGCUGAUUUUAAAUGUUCAGUAUCCUGCUCGACUGCAACUUUUUCUACACCCACUCGUGGAUGUCUUCUCACCUUUUACAUCUCACAUUUUGUUUCUUGUUGGUUCCUCUGAAUAAAUCUGCAUUUGUGUGAACUGCAA